UAUGCAUUCAAUCUAGCAUUGUUACACUUGCGUUCCUGCUAGAUUUACGUAGAAUAUCGCUCACAAGGUGAAAGAGAGGUCAAUAUUAUGGGGACGUUUCUGGGAAUUAAUGGUCGUCCCUUGGGAGUUCUUGUGGGCCUAAUGAUCACGAAUGUGGUGCUUGUGGGGAUAGCAGAUGGGCGGUGGAUCGACAAGGAGGCCGUGUUCGUUGACAACGAUAGAAAGAGCGUGAGAGGGGAUGCUGUACUGUGUGAAAGCUUGGGAGACGGGCAAGUGGUUCAUAAGGAGAGCGGCGGCUGCUUUUCAGGUGAUUAUGGUAGUGGUGGUUUUGGAGGCGGAUACGGUGGUCGUGGCGAAGGUGGAGGAGGUGGAUUUGGGGGUGGAAUCGGCGAAGGUAUCGGAGGUGGUGCUGGUGGAGGUGGGGGUGCAGGUGGAGGAGGCAGAGGUGGAGGUUCUGGAGGUGGGGGUGGUAGGGGUGGAGGCGGAGGUGGUGGAAGAGGCGGAGGAGGUGGAAGAGGCGGUGGUGGUGCUGGAGGUGGUGCAGGCGGCGAAAUUGGAGGUGGAAUAGGGGGAGGUGUUGGAGGGGGUAUUGGUGGAGGUAUCGGAGAAGGUGUUGGAGGAGGUAUUGGUGGAGGUGCAGGAGCUGGUGGAGGUGCUGGAGGCGGCGGUGGAGGAAGAGGCGGAGGUGGGGGACGAGGCGGAGGGGGUGGAGGUGGCGGUUCAGGAGGUGGAUUUGGUAGGGGUGGAGGCGGAGGUGGUGGAAGAGGCGGAGGAGGUGGAAGAGGCGGUGGCGGCGGUGGAGGAAGAGGCGGAGGUGGGGGACGAGGCGGAGGGGGUGGAGGUGGCAGUUCAGGAGGUGGAUUUGGUAGGGGUGGAGGCGGAGGUGGAGGUAUUGGUGGAGGUGCAGGAGCUGGUGGAGGUGUUGGAGGCGGCGGUGGAGGAAGAGGCGGAGGUGGGGGACGAGGCGGAGGGGGUGGAGGUGGCGGUUCAGGAGGUGGAUUUGGUAGGAGUGGAGGCGAAGGUGGGGGAAGAGGCGGGGGAGGUGCUAGAGGCGGCGGUGGAAUUGGCGGGGGUGUAGGAGGUGGGAUUGGUGGUGGUGGUGGUGGUCGUGAUGUUGGUGUUGGCGGUGGUGUCGGAGCCGGUGGUGGUGUCGACGUCGGCGGCGGUAUAGGGGGAGGCGAGGAAGGAGGAGAGGGUGGUGAAUUUGGUGACAAGAAAGCUACCGUUCCAAAUUCGGUCUAAUCUUUGACUGAUCAUGGAGCUUAAUUAGAGAGAAACAUGAGAAAGAACAAUAUCCCUAUUUUGCCCUUGUUUUUUCUUUUGGGCUCAGCCCCAUAUCGUAUGCAAAAUAUAAAACAUAAAUAUUUGCAUAUUUAUAUUUGCAUUGUCGAAAUAAAAGGAUUAUGCGUAUGUAUUCACCUUAAAAAAGGAUAGAGCUAUAGAUUAAUUCUUAUGUAAUUCUAUGUUUUAAUCUUAUCUUUUGUUGUCUUAUAAUGCAACUCUCAUUGAAUCAAGAGCGUCGAAAGAAAACUCAUUCAUCGUUGUUGAAG